GAGCAAAGAACAGAGGAAAGAAGCGAAGAGCAAAGAACUGAGAAGAAAGGCGAGAGAGUGAGAACUGAGAAGGGAAGAAAGAUAUAGUGACAGUUGAUCGAGAGUGGCGACACCUAACGUAGAAGGGGAAUCGCUGAGUGGAAGGCUCCAUCUGUUUCUGUCGUCACUAUUGACUAGCCUUGGAGGAGUUUUUGGGCAGAUUCAAGAUACAGAGAUGGCAUCAAAACCCAUUGUUCCACAUCAACCGAGAGGUGCAGUAGUUACUGGGUUAGGUAAGCAGAAGAAUGCCGAAGCUGAGAGGAAGAACCGGCGAGUUCUUGGAGAUAUUGGAAACUUGGUGGUUACUAAUAAAGGUGUAGAAGGGAAGCCACUGCAACAACAGUUGAAUCGCCGCCCAGUGACAAGAAGUUUCUGUGCACAGUUACUUGCUAAUGCACAAGCAGCAGGAGAGAAUAAGAAGCUAGCUGCACUGGUUAUUGAUGGGGUAGUAGUUCUUGAUGAGCCUCGGGCUCAAGGAGGCAGAGCAGCAAAGGCGGCAGCUCCACAGAAAGUCACAUUGAAGCCCAACCCUGAUAUGGUAAUCGAGAUUACCCCUGAUACUGAAGAGGAGAACAAAUUGCAGAAGUCUAUAAACCAGAGAAAAUCAAGGAAAGGGGAACGGUCAUCAAAGAAGAAAGCCCAGACCAUGACAGCAGUCCUUACAGCUCGGAGCAAGAUUGCUUGUGGGUUAACUAAUAAACCACAGGAUCCAAUUUACAACAUCGAUGCUGCGGAUGUUAAUGAUCAGUUAGCAGUUGUUGAAUACAUUGAAGACAUUUAUAAGUUUUACAAGCUUGAUGAAAGGGAAAGUCAAUUUCCCGACUACAUGGGCUCACAGCCUGACAUAAAUGAUAGGAUGAGAGAGAUUUUGGUAGACUGGUUAAUAGAAGUUCACAACAAGUUUGAACUAAUGCCAGAGACCCUCUAUCUAACCUUGAACAUUGUUGAUCGGUUCCUUUCUAAGGAGAUUGUGACAAGGAGAGAAUUGCAGCUGGUGGGCAUAGCUGCCAUGCUCAUAGCUAGCAAAUAUGAGGAGAUUUGGGCUCCAGAAGCCAAUGAUUUCAUUUGCAUUUCAGACAAAGCAUAUACUAGAGAACAGCUAUUGGUGAUGGAGAAAACAAUAUUGGGAAAACUUGAAUGGAGCUUAACUGUUCCUACACCUUUUGUCUUUCUGGUCCGCUUUAUCAAAGCUUCUGGGCCUGAUCAAGAGAUGGAGAACUUAGUUUUCUUUCUAGCUGAACUUGGCAUAAUGCGCUAUACCACCAUUAUGUACUGUCCAUCGAUGAUAGCAGCUUCAGUGGUAUAUGCUGCAAGGUGCACAUUGAACAGAACUCCUUUUUGGACUGAGACACUUAAGCUCCACACAGGCUACAUUGAAGCACAGCUAAUGGACUGUGCAAAGCUAUUAGUUAGCUUCCAUACUAGGGCAGCAGAGAGCAAGUUGAAAGUGGUUUAUAGGAAAUACUCGAAUCCACAGCGGGGCGCUGUUGCUCUCCUUCCUCCAGCCAAGUUUCUUCUGGAUCCAUCCAAGGCCUGUUGAUCAUUGAUUCUUUUCUCCAAAAUGCCUCUUUU